AUGGCCCUUACACAAGUUGCACUGCCGCCCCUCGCCAUCCCGACCAGGACGAGGUCCUCGAGCAAGUACCCCACCACUCCCCUCAGCGUCUUCCCUCCUCCCGCGCCUUCCAUCCGCCACCCUAUGCGCGACCGUCGCGGGGUCACCUUGACGCUACAAAUCGAAGCACCAUUCAACGCUAACGUCAACGUCAUCCCGCCCGGGCCUUGGUCGCCCAAGGGCCACGUCCAGCCCCACAGGAGCAAUCUCCCACGCCGGCGCAACCCCAAGCCCCGCUUCCAGAAUUUUAAUCCUGAAGCCCUCGUGAGGCAGAAGUCCGCGCCGAAGCCAGAGACUCCUGCGAUUCCAAUCCCGACGCCCAAUCCGCCCAGGGCAGAUGAGCCGCACCUGCAGGCCAUCAUCCCUGCGCUCUGGGUCGCGUUCAGCGACCGGUCCAAGGCGAGCAGCAGCUGGGCGUACGAAGAGGACUUCACGCAUGUCGUCGAGAUGACUUACGCCGCUGAGGAGGCGCACGCGCCGGACGGUGCUGAGCGGUGCUGGGACCCUGAGUUGAAGGCACAACGCCUCCGCCUCGUCCUUCCGGAAACCGCACGAGUCCGAGAAGGGCGCGCGGCGCUCGCGCUGACGGACGCGCAGCUGCGCGCGGCGCGUGACUUCUUGGGCGAGUCGCUCCCGCAGACCCUUGCGGCAAUGCCUGAGCAGUCGACCGUCCGAGUGCUGGUCACUGCGCCGCCUGGUCGUCCGACGGACGCGAUGUGUGUGCUUGGCUGUUAUCUUUCGUUCGUCGCUGGGCGUGGGGCAGAGGAGAUUUUGAGGUGCAUUGAUGAGGAAGACAGCAUUUUGAGCGUAUGGAAGGGGGAGGUAAGCGGGGAGGAGGUGGAGCGUAUCGAGAAGAUCGCGCGCGGCUGGUCGUGGUUAACCACGGUCGCUAGUCGUCAAUAG